AUGCCUUUCGUUGACGCCGCCAAUUACCCUGCGGACUUUCCGCAAGGCGGCUUCCACAUUGAUGCAGACAAUGAGGAUGAUUACCGCCUUCCGCGCAGCCUGGACAAUGACCUCCUGAUCUGGAAGGAGACCAACCCAGAUACCGGUGCGGUCACCUGGUGGAUGCGUACCAAUGCCAGGCACUCCCCACAGCACUUGACCGCAGAUGCCCGCGCCAACGCAAUCAGCAUUGGCAAGGACCAGAUGAUCUGCGACCUGCAGCAGACGGUAGUCAACCAACAGGCCCAGCUCAACGCCCCGCCACAGCCGAUUGUUGUCCAGCAAGUGCCAGGUCCACAGCACUCACACAUCUGCGUCCACGCUCCGCACACGUUCUCCGGUGUCUCCAAUGACAAGGGCGUCUAUGACCCUACGCCACGCGACUUUGUCCACAAUGUGCGGAACUACCUCGUCGCAGAAGAGGAAGCUGCCGGCAACCCGCUCACCGUCCACAACAAAAUUGUGCUGGUCUCCACACUCCUCGACCAGUCCGCCGCCAUGUGCCCAGCAGCAGGGGCUACCACACCAGCUUACACGGGCCCGCUUCUCAAUCUCGACAUGUUCUUACAGGCCUUCCUCCAGCACUUUGAGGAUGUCGACAUCCAGAAGACGGCCAUCGCAAAGAUCCAGUCCAUGCAGCAAGGCGCGCAGUCUGUGGAGGUGCACACGCGUCAGUUCAAGGACUGGGCCGGACGCACGGGCUUCAACAACACCGCACUCAUCGAGCUCUAUAAGAAGAGCUUGAAGCCUGCUAUCCGUGACAAGGUCAACGGGCAGGGCAAGCAUUGCCUGGACACACUGCAGGGCUGGUAUGAGGACGCCGUGCUGUUUGACAGGCAGUGGCGCGAAGAUCAUCCAGACCGGCCCUCCUUGCAGUCGACCACAGGCAACUCGUCCUCGCGCAACCAGUCCGCCGGCGCGAACAACAACACCGGCCGCUCCACAGGUGCUUGGCAGCAGCAGCAGCCAUUGCGCAACGCCAACCAGGGCCAGCCGCGCAAUGGCAACUGGCGUCCUUGGGGUGCUCCAGCCCAACAGUUGCGCGCACCGGCACUGGCGGCCAACACAGGCAUGGUGCCAAUGGACAUCGAUGCGGCCAAUGUGGCCAUGGUGUGCUACCGCUGCGGUGAGAACCAUCUGGCGCGCAACUGCACAACGCCGAUGGAGACCAUUUGGCAGAAGUACGGCUGGGACCGCAUGAUCCCUUUCCCUCCGGGUUAUCGGGCACGUGCCACUACCUUUGCCAACGUGGACGACUUCGCCACCUCGCUAUCUCCGGCUGAUCAAGCGGAGUUAGCACGCUCGCUGCAGAGCAGGGUAGGAGCACCGGCUGCUCCUCCGGCCCAGGCGUCACAGCAGGGUUUUGCCAGCGGCUUGUCGUGA